AUGGCUCCCUCAUCGUCGCUACGCCGCACUGCCGCGUCCUUCGUCUUCGUCGCGCUCCUUGUCCUGGCAUCUCUGCUGCCGCAGCUGCAAGCGACCAGGACGACGCCGACCGAUGAUGCCCAGGGACGUGUACAGCAGCAGCAGCAGGUGCGCCCCGCGACGACUACGACGACGAGUAGUAGCGGCUCCGGAUCCACACCAGCUGCGUCAGCGGCGGUGCAAGAAAGGCCGCCCCCGUUCGCGCUGCUGCUGUUGCCACCGCCGCCGCCGACCACCAUUGAGGAGGCAUCCCCCCGCAGCCGGAUGCUCGGCUCCGUGCCCAGCCCCGGCGUCGGCCACUAG